AUGGCACACCUAACACCCUCCCGCCCCCUCACCCCUUCUUCGGAACCCAGCCCCGCCGCCCCAUGCACCGCAAACGACCCCCCACACUCCCAACCCGUCGUCGACUUCUCCCCCGCAACAGUCCCCUACAACGAGUCCUUCGAGAACGAGCUUAUGAACCUACUUCUCAAUCCACCACCCACCCCAUCCGCCCCCACACCCCUUGACCCCCCAAUGAUCCCUGCCUCAUCUCUCCCCAUACCCCUCUCCUCGCCCCUGCGUACCCACCCAUCCCCGAUCCCAGGCCUGUUCCUCACCCACGCGAACGGGUACCACACGGGCGGCCCCGGUCCCAGUUCCGAGACCAUACGGGCGUUUGCGGAGAAGGUGGCGCGGGAGUGGGGGGUGGAUGUUCGCGAUACGGAGGGCGUGAGGAGGGUGAUUGAGGAGAAGGUGCAGGAGGUGCGGGAGCGCAUGGGGGAGAGGGAGAAGGCGGUCAGGCGGAAUCGGGAGGUGGACGAGGAGUUGGAGAAACUGAGACUGCAGAGGGAUGCCGAGGUUAGGGUUUUGGAGAAGAUGAAGGGGAAAAGAUGA